AUGAAUCGGAGUUGGAGGUGGGGGGUUGGGUUAGAAAAGAAGGGCAAAGGAAUAAGAAAAGAAACCUCUCGAACGGGCGAAAGCCAGAGCCAGGGGGAUUUGGUAGCAUGGCUGCAAGAGAAGAAGUGCAUGACGAGUAUACCCAGGAUGGGACCGUUGAUCUCAAAGGAAAACCUGUCCUUAGAUCCAACACAGGUGGUUGGAAAGCUUGUUCCUUUAUUAUUGUUUAUGAAGUGUUUGAACGUAUGGCUUAUCUGGGGAUAGCAUCGAAUCUGGUGAUUUACUUGACAAGGAAACUGCAUCAGGGCACAGUGAAAUCGGCCAACAAUGUCACCAACUGGGCUGGAACCUCUUGGGUAACGCCCAUCUUGGGUGCAUAUGUGGCCGACACAUAUCUCGGCCGAUACUGGACCUUCCUCUUCGGAUCUGCCAUCUAUGUUCUGGGAAUGGGUCUCCUAACACUAGCGGUUUCAGUCCCUGCACUUAAACCACCUCCUUGUCAACAAACAGAAGUUACAAACUGUAAACCGGCCUCCACAUUACAACUAGCUGUGUUCUUUGGUGCACUGUACAUUCUGGCAGUGGGGACGGGUGGAACCAAGCCAAACAUCUCGACCAUGGGAGCCGACCAAUUUGAUGAUUUUGAUCUCAAAGAGAAGACUUAUAAGCUUUCCUUCUUCAAUUGGUGGAUGUUUAGCAUAUUCUUGGGCUCACUCUUUGCCAAUACAGUCCUUGUCUACAUUCAAGACAAUGUGAGUUGGACCCUGGGUUAUGGGCUUUCAACAAUUGGGCUUUCCAUAUCAAUUAUAAUCUUUUUAGCUGGCUCAGGCCUCUACAGGCACAAGGUGCCCAUGGGGAGUCCCUUGACAAGGAUGGCUAGGGUCAUAGUGGCUGCAUUCAGGAAAUGGAGGGUGCCAGUUCCUGCUGACCCUAGAGAGCUUUAUGAGCUUGACUUGAAGGAAUAUGAAGCAAAAGGGAAGUUCAGAAUUGAGUCUACACCUUCCUUGAGGUUCCUCAAUAAGGCCUCUGUUCAAACUACAGGUUCUUCAAACACUCCAUGGAUGGUUUGUCCAGUGACCCAAGUAGAGGAGACGAAGCAAAUGCUCCGGAUGAUUCCGAUCUGGGUCGCCACAUUCAUGCCAGGGGUAAUGUUUGCUCAGGUCCAUACCCUUUUUAUCAAGCAAGGUACAACUCUUGACAGAAGCAUAGGCAGCUUCCAAAUCCCACCUGCCAGCCUUGUUGCAUUUGUAACUAUUUCCAUGCUAGUGAGCGUCGUGAUAUACGACAAGGUGUUUGUUAAAAUGAUGAGGAGGUGGACCAAGAACCCAAGAGGGAUAACUCUUCUCCAAAGAAUGGGAGUUGGUCUUGCUCUCCAUGUUGUAAUCAUGUUAGUUGCUUCCCUAACUGAGAGGAAGAGACUCAGGGUGGCCAAAGAUCAUGGUUUGGUAGAGCAUGGAGGUAGAGUUCCUCUYAGCAUAUUCAAUUUACUCCCCCAAUUUGUACUCAUGGGGAUUGCUGAUUCCUUUCUGGAUGUAGCCAAGGUUGAGUUCUUCUAUGACCAGGCACCUGAGAGCAUGAAGAGUUUGGGGACUUCUUAUUCCCAGGCUAGUUUGGGAAUCGGAAACUUUCUCAGUACUUUCCUUCUUUCGACUGUGUCUCACAUCACCAAGAAGCAUGGACACAAAGGAUGGAUUCUGAACAAUCUCAAUGCGUCUCACUUGGACUACUACUAUGCAUUACUUGCUGUACUCAACAUCUUGAACUUCAUCUUCUUCCUUGUCGUGACUAAGUUCUAUAUUUACAGAGCUGAGAUCUCUGAUUCAAUGGAAGUGCUUAAGGAAGAUUUAGAGAUGUCAAAGUUUAAGGUCAUUGACCAAGGGUUGGAGAAUUAGCCCGGUCAGUGAAAGUGUGAAACUUAUGGUGACUAAUUCUGGCGUGUUUGCAUUUUAUCGAUGGGUGUCUGCAUUGUCCAGCGACACCCAUUUUAUCGAUGGGUGUCUUCAUAUUUUAUUUUAUAA